AACAUGGCAUUCUCAUACAUUCGGUGUGGAGUUGAGGGCCUGCAUGCCAUGAGGGGUAGCCUGCAUGCCAUGAGGUGACAGUGACAAGGACCGGGUGCUUCAGGCACGGAGCUUCUAGUCCCAGGGGAGGCCUGGAGCACACCCAUCUUGGGCACACAUGUAUGAUGCAUAGAGAAAUACAUGCGCACCCCACAGUAGAAGACAGCCAGGUGUUACCAGCAUGCGGCUCAGGAGCUGGUGCCCAGGAGUUCUCAGCGCUCUGUGCCUGAAGCCCUGGUCAGUGCCAGGACAGGGCCCUGGCUCCUGCUCUGGACAGUCGGCCACACUGGCUUGAGGUCCUAUGCAGGUGGUGCUCAGCGGGUGGCUUCCCUGCCCUCCAUCCCAGGAGGACCCCGUGUCCACCUCCUACAACUCCUGGGAAGAGGGGCUGGAACAGAGCAGGGGGGGUUAGCAGGGGUUGGGAGUGCUGGGGUGGGGCCUGUGGUAGGACAGGAGGCUGCAGCCCUGGGAGUCUCCAUUCAGGUCAUUGCAGGGGCAGCCCCCGAGUGUGGGAACAGGUCUAUGUGGGGCUCGCUGUGCCACCUAGUGUUCAAAUAGAGACCUUCACAGUUGUGCUGCAAUAACAUUGCAGAGGAAUAAAGGAGGGGCAGAAGGUGCAGGUUGCCUGGGACUUGGGACCGUUAUGGCAGGCGGCAGAAGGCCCUGGCACCCCUGGUUCUGGGGCAGUUCUGCCAGAGCCCUGCCCUCUUCACCUCGGGCCUAGGGAGAACACAGGCUCCAUUUUUGGUGACUUUUGAUGAAGCCGAUAUGAGGACCCUGACCCAUGCCACAGCUGUGCAUCACUUGGGAUUGGCUGGCAGCCCCAUUAUGUCACAGUCAGUGAGAACUGUGCACUCUGGGUUGUCGGCAACCAGUGGUCAGUAAUGCAUCUACUGCCCAACUGACCAGGUGUUGGUAGUGUAGGCAGGAGGCACAUUUGAUAGAAUUGAAUGGAUUCUCGAUGGAGGUGCGUGGGACUUGCUCUCUGCAUGACCUGUGACGUGGGGAAGGUCACGCCAGGUGGGUGGCACUGGUCUCCCAUGCCAGGUUCCAUGAGUGAUGUGGCUGAGCUCUCAGUGGGCCCCUGUGUGCAAAGCGUGUAUACAGUCGUCUCAUUCCUCCCAUUCUGCUGGGCAUCAGUGUCGAAUGGGCCUUGGUGUGAGUCUGUGUCAGAUCAGCUGGUGUCAGGUGGGGCAGUGAGUCCACCUCUGAGAGCCCUAGAGAUGCGGGGGCUGGGAGCAGGCCAGGGAGACCCUUAGACUUGGGCUCCCUGGAGUACACAUGGAUGCCAGGCUGGGGGAGGAGCAUCCUUUCUGAGGGCAGGGGAGACAAUGUGGGGGCUGUCCUUCCCCAACCAUCCCUAGUCCCUGUGCUCUGCACAAGUCAUCCUCCUGGGACCCGACCACCAGGUACCCGCCCACCUGGCUGUGUGACUGUCCCCCCUCUGACCAGGGGGACAGCCCUCAGGGCAGCAGUUCCCGUGGGCUCCCUGUGCUAGCGCACAAGUGUGUGUGUCUUACAGAUUGGAUAUGGACACCCUGAGGUCCAGCAGGGGCCAGGAGCAAGCAGCGAUCAUCAUGAAACAUGAGCAGGGUCCCCAUAAAGAGGCCCAGUUUCAUCUGGGAGAAGAGGAUGAUGAGAGUGGAGCGCUCGUCCCAGACAAACUUAGAUUCCUGCAUAAGCAGAAGCCACCCAGGCCUGGAUGCCUGGCAAUGCAAGGGCGUAAACAUCAGGAGGGCCGCCGACUGCAAAAAUGGAACAAGAUGCUGCGAAAUUUCACCAAGUACCACAGCAGUGAGAAGUUCCACCGGAGAAUUGAGAAAGGCAUCCCCACCCAGGUGCGCGGCAAGGUGUGGGCCAUGAUGCUCUCCGUGGAUACCAGGAAGGCCCAGAACCCUGGCAAAUUCGAGGAAUUGGGCUACAGCCAAGGCCUAAGCCACGUGGCAGCCCUGCUGCUGAUGUGGCUGAGUGAAGAGGAUGCUUUCUGGGCCCUAGUCCAGCUCAUGGGGGACAGCCAGCACUCGAUGAUGCAUGGUGGGUGAUGGGUGUGGUGGGAGUGGUCCGUGCAAGUGCAGGGAUGGGCAUGCAGACAAGUGACUGGGACAUUGUCCCUCGCUGGCUGCUGCGUGCAUAGGGCAGUCUCCCUCAGAAUACUUCCUUAGAAGCCAGGGCCGGCAGAGGGCCCAAUACCAAGCCAUACCCCUCACUUCCCAUCACACAAAGGUCCUGUGCCUUGUCUUUGACAAAUGACCCUUAGGUCCGUACUGGCCUUACUGCUUUACAUCUCUCUACCGAGACUUCCACCCAGUGAGCCACACACCUGCAGAAGGAGCAUCCAUUCUAUGGUGACCCCUCCACACCUCAAGUGACCAGAUGGCCCUUAGGCACCCAGUGUGACUGCAGUCAGCCCAGCAGUCAACUAAGGCACACUGCCCUGGGCUGUCAGCUGUACCCCCCUUCCCCUGAUGCUCCCCUGCCUGUUAGAGCCUCCCCUGACCCUCCAUGUUCAAAGACCCCACCCCAAGCCUUUGGCUCUCCAGCUUUCUUGGGAAUACACCCUGAAUGAGGGCUGGGGGGUUGCUAUUACUCAGAUUUCUACACACCAGACCCCAAAACUGGAGUGAUUCAAGCACCACCUGAGAGAUAUCAUGCAUCGCGUGCUCCCCUCCCUGGAGAAACACCUGGUAAGUAAACAUCUCCUUUCUCCUCUCGGGGGCUCUGUGCUCAGGGAGGGGAGGACAGAGAGGGGUCCUGACUGCUUCCUGGGCCAGGGGAGGCUACAUCCUCACCAAGGCUUUUCUUGGUUACUGGAGACUGCGGCAGCUUGGGUGCUGGUUUGAUUUCCUGCACUUGGUCCCCCAGAGUUUGCGUAGAUUGAAGGGAAACGCUGUCCCCAGGGCAGAGUGGACUGAGGGACCUGUGUCCCUUCAGGAAUCUGCAUGGCUGGGAGAGGGGAUGCACCUGCUGCUGGGCUUCCUGCACCCAGGGGCUCUGCCACAGGGCACAGAUUAGAGGGAGUCAGGCCUGAGCCCUGGGCCCUGGGCCCUGAGCCCCCUCUGCCUCUUCUUAGGAGAAGAAGGGUGUGUACCUGGAGGACUACACCGUGCACUGGUGCAUCCAGGGCUUCCUGGAUGGGAGUGCCUGCUGAAGAUGUCCAGGGACCACAUCCGGGAGUUCCUGCACGUGACCCUGAAGCAGGCUUGGUCACUGAGCGAGGAUGCGGCCAUCAGGCAGCUGCGGGCCUCCAUGCAUGAGCUGGGGAAGCUCCAGUGCCUCCUGCCUCCUGAAGGCAAGUGGAUGAGGGAGAAGCUUGGCAUCUGGACCCUGGAUAUAUAUCUGUGCAGAUUCAGAAACACAGCUAUGGAGAACCGACUCCAGAACCCAUAUCCUCAAUAACUGCACUGCACUGGACACUGUUCUUCUCUUGCUCACAGAAAAGUGAUGAGGUAAUGUUGGCCAAGCCUGAAUCCCAAGUCUUCCAUCCUAGGAAAAGUUUCAGGUAGUCAAAUGGGGAAAGGAUCUUGGGUUAACCUUCAAGAGAGAAUUAAAAGUGUACCAACAUCUACCAAA